AUGUCCCUCUCGCAGGACUCAGGAGCUUUCCUGAUACCAUAUGUGCUCACGCUGGUGCUGAUCGGUCUGCCCUUGUACCUGCUGGAGUCCUCGCUGGGCCAGUUCACCUCCUCGUCUUGCCUCACUCUGUACCGAGUGUGUCCUAUUCUCAAGGGAGCUGGCUACGCAACUUUCCUGGUGAACCUCGUGUUUGUGACUGUGUACAACGUGAUCAUCGCUUACCCGCUUGUCUACCUCUGCCAUUCCUUCAGCAGCAUCCUCCCGUGGUCCACCUGCGACAACGCGUGGAAUAGUCCGGAGUGCAGCGGCACGGAGAAUUACUACAACUUCACUCUCAACUCCAGCGAUGCCGCCCCGCCCUCCCCGGCAGACGAAUUCUUCCAACGCCGCAGAUGCAUCCUCAAUGACGGGCGAUGA